UUAUAGCGAUGAAACACCAGAAAUGUGGUGUUCUCGUAUUCGUUGUCCAUUUAAAAAACUUCUCGAAUAUAACUCAAAAUACUUCUCUAAGAAUGGAUUUAUCCAAAUGAUCGAAAGAGUAUAUAUAGAUGGGGAAUUUAAUGCUGGAAGACGCUCAUUCCACAUUUAUUGUACUGUAUGCGACUCCUUAGUUAUUAUUCACGAAAAUACAAUCGAAUAUGCAAAUAAUCACCUAAAGAAAUGUAUUACUGAAACCACUAAUAUGCAUUCUAAUCCUGUACGAAAGAAUGUGAAAAAAGAGGGAGGAGUAUCAUCACUUGGCAUUGAUAUGGUUGAUAAGAUAUAUGAGAGAUAUUAUUUUAUGUAUAGUAAAGGCUUGAGCUAUUAUGAUUAUGAUUAUAAACAUUCAAAUAAAAAUGAAGUUAAAAAAAGGAUUACAUGGGCAAGUCGAGUUUGGAAUAUUGUGAGGAAUGAUACUACUCCUGAUGAGAAGAAGUUUUUAGGUAUAACACCUCGUGAUAUAAGAAUUCCUGAUGAUCGAUAUGUAUGGUAUGUUGAUCGAAAAAUUCUAGCUAAAGACGUACCUGCAUAUCAUCAGAAAUGUCGAUAUAAUAAUUAUACUUCAUGCGAGUGGGCAGAAAAGAAGAAAGAUCAAAGUUACAAGAAAAGGUCUGGAUCAUUGGCAAAACGAGUCUGGAAAGCAGUGAGAAAUGAUAGCACUCCUGAUAGAAAGAGAUUUUUAGAUAUACUUUCAAUUCCUCAAAUGAAAAUAAAUCCUUUGACGCAAGAAGAACAUGCUUUACAUUUUGAUGAAUUUGUUGAUAUGCUUAAAAAAGCAAAUGCUUAUCAAUACUAUAUCAAAACAUAUAAUAUAGCCAAACUCACCACAUAUAAGGAAUAUAUUUAUUUUAGUCUUGAUGAAUAG